AUGUCGCUUUCUCUCUCUGGAAAAGUUGCUAUCGUCACAGGCUCGUCACGCUCGAUUGGUGCUGCCAUUGCCCAGCAGCUUGCCGCCGAUGGCGCCAACGUCAUAGUCAACUAUGUCUCCAGCCCUGGUGCCGCCGCUUCUGUUGUGGAAUCUAUAAACAAGGCGAGCAUUGGCAAGGCUACGAGCGUGCAGGCCGAUGUGGGGUCCAAGGACGGCGCGCAGCGACUGAUCGACGAAGCUGUCCGUGUAUUCGGCAAACUCGAUAUUCUCGUACUGAAUGCGGCGGUCAUGGACAACGCACUUUUGGCAGAAGUCACCGAGGAGGACUUCGACAAGCACUUCAACACCAAUGUCAAGGCUCCGUUGUUCAUGAUCCAGGCUGCCGUGCCUUUGAUGAAAGAUGGUGCGUACCCCCUGUCCGCCUCUGUCUCUCGAUUGAACCAGCUGAGCGUGUCGUCAGGUGGCCGAAUCAUCAUGCUGAGCACGUCGCUCACGCGCAACUCCGUCAUCCCCGCCAACUACCUCUUGUACGCCGCCACCAAGGGCGCGGUCGAUCAAAUGACUCGUGUCCUCGCAAAGGACCUCGGCUCGCGCGGAAUCACCGUUAACGCCAUCGCGCCUGGUCCGAUCGACACCGACCUAUUCCGGAACGGCAAGUCAGAGCAGCUCAUCAACUUUUUCGUGAACGGACAUCCAGCGAAGCGCAUUGGGCGACCGGACGAGAUAAGUCCCGUCGUUGCGUUCCUUGCGAGCGAGCAGGCCAGUUGGGUAAAUGGCCAAGUGAUCAUGGUGAAUGGGGUGAGUGUGGUGUGCGUUCCCUAG